UUACAGCAUUUCCUGUACCAAGAUGGUGGCCUGAGUUCCUAGAGCGACUUUCUCCACGCUUCGCAGUCCCUCUUAGAUGUUUUUUUUAACCUGGAUGUGACGCAUUGAAGGACCCGACGGAAAUAGAACUAAAGGCAUUCUAAAAUGGCGAACCGUACGGUGAAGGAUGCGCACAGCAUCCACGGCACCAAUCCUCAGUAUCUGGUGGAGAAGAUCAUUCGGACGCGAAUCUAUGAGUCCAAGUACUGGAAAGAGGAGUGUUUUGGACUGACGGCUGAACUUGUAGUCGAUAAAGCCAUGGAGUUGAGGUUUGUGGGUGGUGUCUAUGGUGGCAACAUAAAGCCAACUCCCUUUCUGUGUUUGACCUUGAAGAUGCUUCAGAUUCAGCCUGAGAAGGAUAUCAUUGUAGAAUUUAUAAAAAAUGAAGAUUUCAAGUAUGUGCGUAUGUUGGGAGCCCUUUACAUGAGGCUGACAGGCACUGCAAUUGAUUGCUACAAGUACUUAGAGCCUCUCUACAAUGACUAUCGAAAAAUCAAGAGUCAGAACCGAAAUGGGGAGUUUGAACUGAUGCAUGUAGAUGAGUUUAUUGAUGAACUGCUCCACAGUGAAAGAGUCUGUGACAUCAUUCUACCCCGGCUACAGAAACGCUAUGUGCUAGAGGAAGCUGAGCAGCUGGAGCCCCGGGUUAGUGCUCUAGAAGAGGACAUGGAUGAUGUGGAGUCCAGUGAAGAGGAGGAAGAGGAAGAUGAGAAGCUGGAGAGAGUGCCAUCACCUGAUCACCGCCGGAGAAGCUACCGAGACUUAGACAAGCCCCGUCGUUCUCCCACAUUGCGCUAUAGGAGGAGUAGGAGCCGGUCUCCCAGAAGGCGGAGUCGAUCUCCUAAAAGGAGGAGCCCCUCCCCUCGCCGAGAAAGGCAUCGGAGCAAAAGCCCAAGACGUCACCGCAGCAGAUCUCGAGAUAGACGGCACAGAUCCCGCUCCAAGUCCCCAGGUCAUCACCGUAGUCACAGACAUAGGAGCCACUCAAAGUCUCCUGAAAGAUCUAAGAAAAGCCACAAGAAGAGCCGGAGAGGGAAUGAGUAAUGGACUCUGUUUGGUUUUAGUCCAAAUGGCCACCUGUGGAUCCGAAGGCAUCUAUGUGGAAGGAUUAAGAUCUACUCCCCAGGCAGCUAUGAGAAUAUUUUAGCUCUUUUUAACCAAGUUUCUCCACUUUUUUUCCUUAUAUGAAAGAGGUGCUGAGUUUUGUAUCUGAGUCAUAUUCCAUAUUUGAGGGAUAGUGCUUCCCAAGGGCUGCUUUGGACCCCUUUGUGCAACCAACCUUGACGGUACUCAAAUUUAUAAGGUUAGAAAGGACUUGAGGGGUGGAGAGGAUGAAUGAUGAGGAUGGAUGUAGCUGCCUGUUGACCCUUUUGUUAUUAAAUUUUAUACACCCA